AUGACUCAUCUAAAGGCACAACGUAAUGAAGAUAGCCUGAAUGCUUUACGCGAAGAGGUGAUAGACCAACUGUUGGAUAAAGGUCUAACUGAUGAUGAGAUAACUUUGAAGAUGGUAGACGAACGUUUAACCAAACUGCAAAAUAAAGAACAGAAAGAAGAGAAGGAAUCACACAUCUCAGCUGAUGAUUUGAUCUUCGCAGAUAUAGAAUGUAAACUGGAUAGCAGCAAGACAUUUAUCCCAAUUUUGAUUUGCUACACAAAAGGAGAUAGUAAAAAGAUUUUUCAUCAGUGGGGUACAAACUGUGUUCAAUUAUUCAUCAAAACCAGGUUGCGAUGGGUCAAAGAAAACAAAAAAGAAGGCAAGCCAUAUCACUUCACCAUCUUCUUCCAUAAUUUAAAAGGGUUUGAUGGGGUGUUCAUUAUCGAUGCCCUAUACAAGAUGAACUUGAAAGUAACAGGCAUCAUGGCUACUGGGACGAAGAUGCUUCAUUUUAAACAUAAAAACCUGACUUUCGAAGAUUCCCUUAGCUUCCUAAAUAUGCCACUGACCAAUUUUACCAAGACGUUUGGAUUGAAAGAGCUGAAAAAAGGUUGGUUUCCACACAAGUUUUCCAAGUUAGAAAAUUUGGACUAUGAAGGUCAGAUUCCAUCCCUUCAGUUUUUUGAACCAGCU